GGGAGUUGUAACUCUGUGAGCUGUAACUUUUAAGUGUAGUUCCGGUUCUGGCACAAUCUGCCACGGAUGUGCUGCCGGGCCUUUCUCGCCCUAAUGGAGAGCGAAACGAGUAUAAACGGGCGCUCCCGGGACUUGGGCUCUGGCGUCUCCACCCCGCGGAGCUCUAGCGAUAACUUGCAGCAACCCCGGUCCAAGCUGACCUUCAGCCUUCCGCAGGAAGGCCCAGCUACUUUCGAUGAAUCCGAUCUGGUGCUGGAGUGUGGUUUGGAUCGUAACCGAACAGUUCCAACGCUGAGGGAUUUUACAGUUGCCAUUCCUAACCAGCUGUUGUUGGUUUCACUCCUGGAACAUCUCUGCUUUGUCUAUGAGUGCAAUCCUCAACGCUCCAUGAGCCUGUUUAAGUUGCUGUGUCAAAAACUAGCGGGAUUGCACUUGAUUUCACCAAUCAUCUUCAGUGAUGAGUUUAGCACUGUGAGGCUGCAGCACAAUCAGGCCUUUACAAACCUGCUACAAGCAGCAAGCAAUGGCUUGAUUCGACAGGGACAUGCUACCAAUGAAGAUAUACCUGCCCCUAUGUCCUACAGAGCAAAGGAAACCCUGUUCCAGAGACAGACAUCUCGCUAUCUCAAUGAAUUUGAAGAGACCGAAAUACUGGGAAAAGGUAGUUACGGAGAAGUCUAUAAGGUCAGGAAUAAAUUGGAUCGCCAGCUGUAUGCCAUAAAGAAGAUUCUCAUGAAGAAGAUUACAAAAUAUGACUGCAUGAAGGUCCUGAGAGAGGUUAAAGUUUUAGCUGGCCUGCAGCAUCCGCACAUUGUUGGCUAUCACACUGCUUGGAUGGAGCAUGUACAGCCACUACCUCGGAAGAAUAACCAAAUGCUUCUCAGCAAUUUAUGUGCAUUAACGGGUCCCUCUGAUCAGGAAGAGUGUAGACAGUCUUCUGUCCAGAACAUUGAAACUAGUGGCUCAAGUAUCAUUUUUGCGGACACUGUUCCUGUUUCAAGAGCGACAUUGUCAAGCAGCAAACUGGUUGAGGAAAAGAUGUGCAAGAACAUAUCAAAGGGAAAUGAUAAUCAAAUCUUUUUCCACGAUGGAGACGAUGGAGCAAGCCAUCUUAAUAAUGGCAGAUGUCAAUCAGCAGCCUUAAUCCCGGGAGCGAAAAGUCUCCAGGUGCACCCUUCACUCUUUUCAUUGAAAAAUCCAAGCUUUGAGCCACAAAUGCCCGAUGUAGUAAGGAACAAAUUGGACCCACUUGUUGAAGCAAUGGAGACUGAGGCAGAAGGCCUUGAGAGGCAUAAGCAAAGAGUAACCAGUGCCAUAGAGGAGAUUUCAGGUUUUUCUGCCUACUCUAACAAUAGCUCAAGUCCAGAGGAUGGCUCGUCAUUCACAGAUGUACACCCUGAGUCCAAGAUCCAUUUCCACCUCAUGCUGCAUAUACAAAUGCAGUUGUGUGAGAGGUCCCUUCAAGAUUGGAUUUUGGACAGGAAUACCAGACCAGGAGAGGGCCCAUCACUUCCUUGUCCGUUUAGUUUGGUGGAGCCAGACUGCACCAAUCACGUAUUCCGUCAGCUGCUUGAGGGAGUGCAUUUCAUACACUCCAAGGGUGUUAUGCAUAGAGACUUGAAGCCAAGGAACGUUUUUCUCCAUGGGUCUAACUACCAUGUUCGGAUUGGGGAUUUUGGACUGGCAUGCAGUGACAUCAUUGCCGAGACUUCUGAUCAAUGGCCAGCACCAACCACAGUAACCGAUUCAAAGCAUACCUCAGGAGUGGGGACUUCUCUGUAUGCUUCCCCUGAGCAGCUGAGAGGCUCCUCCUACAAUUUUAAGUCAGAUAUGUACAGUGUAGGUAUCAUCUUACUGGAGCUCUUCCAACCAUUCAGAACAGUGAUGGAAAGGAUAAAGACCCUCACAGCGCUUCGAGAAUGCCACAUUCCAGGGAACUUUACACACCGGUGGCCAGUGCAUGCUAAAUAUGUUAAGAUGUUAACCAGUGAAAUCGCUUCCUGCAGACCAAGUGCAGAUGAGAUGUUGGCCAGUGAACUCUUCCAUAAUUCACCUGAGGUAACUACAUUUCAAGACAAUCUCGAACAGAGAGUAGUGACCCAGGAGCAAGAAAUUAAGAGCCUAAGACAGAAAGUGAUCAAUCAAGAUGAUGAAAUCAGAAACCUCAAAGAAAAGAUCAAAUUACUGUCUGGGGAGGGGGAGCCCAGCUAGAGAUUUUCAUGGUUUCCUGGAGAAAAUUUCUGUCUUUUCCGCCCGAAUUAAUUUUGAAUGUCUCAUGUAUGAGUGUUUUGUGAAUGUACAAGUUUAAAUUGAUGAGUUGGUUACUUAAGGUGAGAAAGAUCAAAUAUUAAAUUGAGUGAUAUGUUAUCCAGGCUUUGCUUUCACGGAAGUGCUGUGGCUCAGCGGAUAGCACUCACUUGAGUCAGAAGAUUGUAGGUUCAAGCCCCACUCCAGAGGGUAUCAGAAGAGAUUUUAAAUAAAGGCCCAUCUGCUCUCUCA